AAGAUUGACGAAGAGAUGGCCAAGAUAGUCGUUGAUGUUGGAGUCUACCUUCCCAGUAACCCAGACGGUAGUGUUAUCGACAUUGAUAAGAAGUCUGGUCGACCGCUUCAAAGUCACGCUAAGGCACCGUUCAUGGCUACUUUUAAAGUGAGGAAGGAGUGUGUCAUCAUUGAUUCUAACCCAGAAUCUCUCUUGGACGGUGGACUCGAGAAACGCGAGGAGUAUGAUGUUUGGCAACAGGCUAUCUUCAAAGUUGGCGACGACUGCCGACAAGAUGUGUUGGCUUUGCAGAUCAUCGCGAUGUUCAAAAACAUCUUCACCAGUAUCGGGUUGACCCUCUAUCUCUUCCCUUACAGAGUUACCGCAACUGCUGCUGGAUGCGGUGUCAUUGACGUGGUGCCAAAUGCCACAUCUCGAGAUGAGAUGGGAAGGGCCACAGUAAACGACCUGCUUGACUUCUUCAUUUCGAAAUACGGAGGAGAAGAGACUGUUGCAUUCCAGCGUGCUCACCUCAAUUUCAUCCAGUCUAUGGCUGCAUAUUCGGUUGCUUGCUCUAUCCUGCAGAUCAAGGACCGUCACAAUGGGAAUAUCAUGAUUGAUGGCGAAGGGCAUAUAGUACAUAUCGGUGAUAAGUCUUCAUCGCGAUACCUUGAACAGUUCUCUGACUAUGCUUUGCAGGGAGUCAAGUUUGAACCUAGCUCCUUCAAAUUAACCCACGAGAUGGUAGUUCUAAUGGGUGGCAGACUUUCUCAAGGUUACAAACUGUUUCAA